AUGGCGCUGUACAUCACCAAGACCAGCCCCAAGCUAUGCUACCUUGUGAAAACUAUCCUGGCAAAGAACAAAGCCGGCAAUCGUGUGCUGGCGUUUUUCCGAUCACCAAGGACGCUAUGGUUAGCAACAGCAUUCCUCAACUUGCUCGAGUUCAAGGUAGCCACUAUAAACGCGGGCCAGGAUUUCGAUAAGCGUGAAGAGAUUGCGGCUCACUCCCGCGAGUACAAGAACCUCAAUUACCUUACCGGCUAUUACUCCAACCACUACUGCGGUUUCUCCGCAGGUAGCAAGUCAGCGAACCUCAACCAGGCACAGGCUGCCAGGCUGUUAACCCAGCUUAUUAUAUGGCUAGCGGUCUGA